AUGCCCGACGAGUACGGCGACGAGAGCGACCUGUUCGAGAUUGUUGAUCGCACUACCGCUCCAAGUGCUCGUCCACCUCCAGCUGCUCCUGCAUCCGACACUGCGCGCAAGGUCGUUCAACCCACACCCCAAGCUCUACCUGCUCGCAAAUCCGCUUCGUCCAUCCUUGUCUCUCCGCGCCAGAAGGGCAACCCCAUCUUGAACAGCAUCAAAUCCCUACCCUGGGAGUACUCGGACAUCCCUGCCGACUUCGUUCUUGGUCAGACAACAUGUGCUCUCUUCCUGUCUCUCAAAUACCAUCGCCUGCAUCCUGAAUACAUCUAUUCGCGCAUCCGCCAACUGGGCCAAAAAUACCUGCUGCGCGUCGUCCUGGUCAUGGUGGAUAUUGAGAACCAUCAAGACCCUCUGAAAGAGCUGUCCAAGACCUCCCUCAUCAACAAUGUUACUCUGAUCCUCACUUGGAGCGCCAACGAGGCUGGACGGUACUUGGAGCUGUUCAAGUCAUGCGAAAAUGCUGCACCGACUGGUAUCAAGGCCCAAAAAGCUGCCACCUUUGCCGACAACCUUGUCGAGUUCAUCACCGUUCCUCGCAGUAUCAACAAGACUGACGCUGUCGGUAUUGUCUCCAACUUUGGAAGCGUACGCACAUCAGUCAACGCCCGCCCGGAAGACCUGUCCCACAUUGCUGGCUGGGGUGACAAGAAGGUCAAGGCUUGGUGUCAAUCUGUCCGCGAGCCUUUCCGUGUGACCAAGACUAAACGUCGUCUUGGCCGAGAAGACUCGAGACCUACGCAAACCAACGUUGAACAAGACAGUCGCGUGGCUGCGAGGCUCGGCAUUGGUGCUUCGCUUCCUUCUGUCGACGUCCCUGCAGGGGCUAGCACUUCCAUAGGCACGUCCGACGCAGACAGGAGACCCGAUAUCAGACUCGCCGACGAUUAUGAGCCUGGUGCCGACGAAGAAGAGGCUAUGGCAGAAGCCUUUGCGCUCCCACCUCGAACGUCUACUGCAAAUAAGGCAGCACCUCCACCUGUCAACAAAUCGCAGCCCGAUGAGAACCUUAGCGAGGGCAUGAUGGCUGCGCUGGCCAGGUUGAGACAGACAUGA